ACGUCACAAUGUUUACAAACUGAAACUGGGUCUAUUAAUCUGCCUCGUCACUACACAGCUCACAGUUUGCUGUUUGGGCUGAGAUAAGGAAGAUCUAACACAGUGCAUGAGUAACAGAUAGCUGCAUUCAGGAUUUUAUUUUUGUCAUUGUUGCUGAUUUAUACAGGGAACUGGAGCAGCAGCAUCAUCAACCGGAUACUGUUGUCAGUAUAAUGGAUAACAUCUUAAGUACAGAAGAUUUAAUAGCCAAGUCCCACGAAGCGAAAGACUUCGCCUACUCUCCGUACAGCAAGUUCAGAGUAGGAGCAGCUCUUCUGACACGCGAUGGAACCGUCUACACAGGGUGUAAUGUAGAAAACGCUUGCCUCGCCCUUGGUAUCUGCGCUGAGGUAGUCACUAUCUCCAAAGCCGUGUCAGAGGGACAUCGAGAGUUUAAGGCCAUUGCUAUAGCCAGUGAUAUGGCAGAUAAUUUCAUCUCACCCUGCGGUGGCUGCAGACAGUUCAUGAGGGAGUUUGGCCUGCAAUGGGAAGUUUAUAUGUCAAAACCAGAUGGCUCUUUCCUAAAGCAGACUGUGAACGACCUCCUUCCUGUUUCAUUCGGUCCUGAAGACUUGCUGAAGUGAAAAGUGAUUCCUUCUAAGAAGAUAUUUUUUCAUUUUUUUCGACUGAACAAACGUGCUGGCUUUUAGGAAUGAAAAUGUUGAUUUAUAUGCUAUUAUAUUUAUGAAAUGUAUUAAUGCUGAAUAAAAUUGAUCAGUUUUAUACUUGUA